UGUUGUUGUCGUUUGGAAUUGUAUAAAUAUAAACAAAAGCUAUGUUGCUGGCUCUUGUUUAAACUUAGUUUUGGCACAGUUGUACAUACAUAUAAAAAAACCAACUCACGAUAAAACCACCAGUCUUGCGCUUGAGUCGUUGUCGGAGUCUUGUGACGGUGGUGGCUAUCAAAAUGUGGAAUCAACUUGCUUUAAUCUUGGUUCUCUUGAUUUGUGUUCUUUUGCUGGGCAUAGGAAAUGCCCUUCAUGCCAAACCAUAUGCUGAUACGGAAGUUUAUAGAGGAGAAACUCUGCCAGGGGAUUUGAAGUUUGUGCAUGUGAUAUUUCGCCACGGCGACAGAACGCCUGUUGAUCCAUAUCCUACAGACCCCUACAAUGAUUUAAAAUUCUGGUCCACUGGUUGGGGACAAUUGACCAAUAAAGGCAAAAUGCAACACUACGAGCUUGGCAAAUGGCUACGGAAUCGGUAUGGAUCACUUUUAAGUGCCAAAUAUACGGCGGAUGAGAUCUAUAUACAGUCGACCGAUGUGGAUCGUACACUGAUGAGUGCCCAAUCUAACUUGGCAGGAUUAUACAAACCUAAAGGUGCGGAUGUAUGGAACCCAAAUAUACCUUGGCAACCUAUUCCAGUGCACACUGCACCGGAGAAUAAUGAUUAUAUACUGGCGGCAAAAGCCUCUUGCCCCACCUAUGACUAUGAGAUGGCUGCCCUGGAGGCUUCCGCUGAAUUUCAAGCCCUAUAUAGUCGCUUCCACGAUCUGUUCACGUAUUUGAGUGAAAAUAGCGGUCGACAAGUUAAAACCUUCACAGAUGCUUCGUACUUAAACAAUACUCUAUUCAUCGAGAGUCUGAAUAACCUGAAACUUCCAGUGUGGACGGAAAAGGUAUAUGGCUCGGAAGAGUUUACUUAUGCCUCAAACCUCGCAUUUGCCGCCAUGACUUACACACGCAAAUUGGCCAGACUGAAAGUUGGUCCUUUGUUAAAGGAUAUUUUUGACCGAUUCGAUCAUAAAGUCUCGGGUAAUUUAACGCCCGACCGUUCAGCUUGGAUAUAUAGCGCUCAUGACACAACCAUUGCCAAUACCUUAAAUGCACUUAAGCUGUUUGAGUUGCACAGUCCUCCAUACGCUGCCUGCAUUAUGAUGGAGCUUCGAUUAGACGAUAACAAUACACCUUUGGUCUCAAUCUUCUACAAGAACACGACAGCAGAACCCUUGCCUUUGGUCAUACCUGGUUGUGGGGUGUCUUGUCCGUUGAGCAAGCUUCGUAGCUUAUAUCAAGAUGUCUUGCCAGGAGACUGGCAUAGUGAGUGCAAGCGCACUACCAUGAUGAUGACCUACGAGGAAGCUAAUCUAAGUGCGGCCACGGGUAUUCUAAUCUUGAUUGUCGCUUGUCUUCUUUGUGCCAGUUAUGGACUGAUGAUCUAUUAUCGUCGUCGCAAUUACAAGUUAUAUACCUCAUACGCUCAAAUGGCUUAGCCGCGUUGUUGUGCUUCUUUUUUUCUAAGAACUUUCUUAAAUCUCCGAUUUUAUAGCCACUGCAUGUAUAUAAUAUCUCAUUUUGUCUGAUUCAAAACUCUAGCCGUUGUGAUUCCAAUUUUAUUGUUGUUUGGAAUUGAAAAUUAUAUACAAUUCUUUAUCCAUUUAUAAAGGAUGCUACCCUAAUAAUCGAUUGAUCAUAUAUGGUUAAGAAGCAUUGAAAUGACAUCUAUUUCUUCUUUUUUUUAAUAAUCUUUUUCUUUGCAUUUGUUAAAAAAGUUGAUCUGCAAAUUGCAUUUGUUAAGUUUAAUUUUUGAAGAUUAAUGGAAAACAAAGACUGUGAAUGGCGAUCCUGAAGUUACAUACAUAUAUAUAUAUAUACAUGGAAUACAUAUACAAUAUACACACAUAUACAUUUUUUAUGAAGUCAUCUUGUUGUAUAAGAAUUUAUUGUAUUAAACGAGCUCAAACUAAGCUAACAAAAAAAAAAAAA